AUGUUUCUGGUUGGAAGUAGAACGGCCACAGUUGAAUGUAAUCUGGUCUUACCAAAUGAUUACGCUAUCAACGGAAGACAUGGAAAUGAACAGGAAAACAAAAUGGAUUCUCAAAUUCCUACAAAACCUUCAACCCCAUCGCAGACGACAACAUUUGCAGGAACAGUGAAAACAACACGAACAUUAUCACCAACUUUAGAAACAAUAACAAAACGAACUCCUGAAACAGGAGCAAAAGAAAAUGAUACGCUUAAAGGUUACACAGCUGGUAUUCACACGACUUCGCUUAGCGGAACAUCAAGUAUCCUAUGUCUACCAAGGAACCCGGAGUAUGCAAAAGCCCAUUCUCUGAGCUAUAUAAACAGUGAAUUGUAUAGCGUUGAAUUUGCGGCUUUCACAGAAGACUUGCUAGCAAUAUUUGGUGACUCAAGCAUAAAAGAACAUGUCCUCCCGUGUGCGGUAUGCGAGGUCGUUGGGCGUGGAACAAGUACAAUGUUUCCCGCACUAACAAAAUGUUUUCAAGGAUGGACAUUUGAGUAUUCUGGAUAUCUCAUGUCAGCUCCAAUUAACAGAGAUAUAAACAUCGAUACAAAAUGCAUUGACAGUGACCCGGAAGCUCUAGAUAUAGAAGUUUCAAGGGGUCUGCACUUUGAGGCUGAAUUAGCUUUUAUAUCAAGUAAAGGAAAGCUGCCGGCACCACCAUAUGUGGUAAAAAGGGCCCUUACUUGUGUUGUCUGCACAAAAUAA